AUGGCCAUCGAGAAGAAGAAAGUACAGUGGAGUACAGCGGAAGAAGUCUCCUUGAUCCAAGCAGUACAUGCCAAUGAGGACGUACUGUUUGGAUCAAUGACUGCAUUAGGAGUAAGUAGCGUUUUCUCUACCCAUGACGGUUUAGCUGAAAGUGUAGACGAUGGGGUGGGAGAUGCUGUGUCUGAUGAUGAGAACACGUGGCAUGCUACUGGACGGCAACUGAAGAAUGAGAACUACAUUAAAUUGCUGGAUGAGAAAACUGUAAAAGAUGUGGAAGGAGACAUAUCUCGGCACAGGGCACGGCGGUCAUUGGAGGAGGAAGCGGAUUACUCGUUUGUGUAUCAUACUGGUCACCUGUACAUCGAUCAGGGUAUUGAAUGGCAGGAUGAUUUCCAACACAAGACGUCGGGUGCCUUUCUGGACCUUAAGUCAUUACUUCUGUCAUGGUUCAACGACUUGUUCUCAAGUGGUCCACUGGCUGAGACUUAUCAGACAACGCUCAUUCACGACUUCAGAGAAGGAAGUAUUGUGGUCACAUUCUCGAUGGUUCUGUCCUCCAAUGGCACCAAUUCCACCGUCACCCUGGAUUCCGAGAGCGUAACCAACUUAUUGUUGAGCGCAAUCAGUAACAGUACUAUUGGAAACUUCACCGUGGACGCCAACAAAACAUCAAUUAUAGGACAAGUAGGCGAUGUGGAUAGCUUAACAACGAAGGAGGGAAUACUGACUAGCACUGACCCCAUAACCUCCGACCCUUCAACACAGCUCUUCUCAACAUCGACACCAUCAACCACUACGGUAGCUAAUAUAUAUGCAGGGUCUACAUCAACGAACUUACCAACUACACAGACAACGGCGUUACAUGUUUCCGCUUCGGAAUCAACAACGAAUCACGAAACAACAUCAGAACCAACGACCAUAGAAACAACGACUACAGAAACAACGAAAACGGAGUCAAAAACCACCAAUUCCGCUACAAUUGAUUCUAUUUCUUCACAACUAUCUACUUCAGGUACAACAACCGAAACUACUGUUACGGAAACAACAAGUCCGGAACUGAUCACUACAGAACCGACAUAUAAGGAACCGACAACUACAGAACCGUCAACCACAGAACCGUCAACUACAGAACCGUCAACUACGGAGCCGACAACUACACAACCGACCAUCACAGAACCGAAAACUACAGAACCGAUCAUCAAAGAACCGUCAACCACAGAACCGUCAACCACACAACCGACAAGUACAGAACCGUCAACCACAGAACCGACAACCACAGAACCGUCAACCACAGAGCCGACAACUACAGAAUCGACAACUACAGAAUCGACAACUACACAACCGACAAGUACAGAACCGUCAACCACAGAACCGACAACCACAGAACCGUCAACCACAGAGCCGACAACUACAGAACCGUCAAAAACGUCAACUACACAACCGACAACCACAGAACCGUCAACCACAGAAACGUCAACCACAGAGCCGACAACCACAGAACCGACAACCACAGAACCGUCGACCACAGAACCGACGACCACAGAACCGAAAACCACAGAACCGACAACCACAAAACCGACAACUACGCAACCAACAACCACAGAACCGUCGACCACAGAACCGACAACUACAGAACCGACAACCACUGAACCGACAACUACAGAACCGUCAACUAUAGAAACGUCAACCACAGAACCGACAACUACAGAACCGACAACCACAGAACUGUCAACCACAAAACCGUCAACUACAGAACUGACAACCACAGAACUGACAACCACAGAACCGACAACUACAGAACCAUCAACUAUAGAAACGUCAACCACAGAACCGACAACUACAGAACCGUCAACCACAGAACCGUCAACUACACAACCGACAACCACAGAACCAUUAACCGCUGAACCGUCAACCAGAGAACUGACAACUACAGAACCGUUAACCACAGAACCGUCAACCACAGAACCGACGACCACAGAACCGACAACCACAGAACCGACAACUACACAACCGACAACUACAGAACCGUCAACCACAGAACCGUCAACUACACAACCGACAACCACAGAACCAUUAACCGCUGAACCGUCAACCAGAGAACUGACAACUACAGAACCGUUAACCACAGAACCGUCAACCACAGAACCGACGACCACAGAACCGACAACCACAGAACCGACAACUACACAACCGACAACUACAGACCCGUCAACCACAGAACUGUCAACUACAGAACCGUCAACUACAGAAAAGACAACAACAGAACCGACAACCACAAAACCGUCAACUACAGAAAAGACAACCACAGAACCGAUAACCACAGAACCGACUACCACAGAACCGUCAACUACUGAAAAGCCAACCACAGAACCGUCAACCACAGAACCGACGACCACAGAACCGGCAACUAGAAAACCGACAACUACACAACCGACAACUACACAACCGUCAACCACAGAACCGUCAACCACAGAGCCGUCAACUACAGAAAAGUCAACCACAGAACCGUCAACCACAGAACCGUCAACUACAGAACCGUCAACUACAGAACCGACAACCACAGAACUGUCAACCACAAAACCGUCAACUACAGAAAAGACAACCACAGAACCGAUAACCACAGAACAGACAACCACAGAACAGAUAACUACAGAACCGACAACUACACAACCGAUAACUACACAAGCAACAACCACAGAACCGUCAAUCACAAAACCAUCAACUACAGAGACGACGACUAGAGAACCGACAACUACACAAUCGACAACUACAGAGCCGACAACUACACAACCGACAACUACACAACCGACAACUACAGAGCCGACAACUACACAACCAACAUUCACAGAACCGACAACUACACAACCGACAACCACACAACCGACAACUACACAACCGACAACUACACAAUCGACAACUACAGAGCCGACAACUACACAACCAACAUUCACAGAACCGACAACUACACAACCGACAACUAUAGAGCCGAAAACUACACAACCGACAACUACACCACCAACAACUACACAACCAACAACCACAGAACCGACAACUACUCAACCGACAACUACACAACCGACAACUACACAACCGACAACUACAGAGCUGACAACUACACAACCGACAACUUCACAACCGACUACACAACCGACAACUACACAACCGACAACUACAAAACCGACAACUACACAACCGACAACUACAAAACCGACAACUACACAACUGACAACUACAAAGCCGACAACUACACAACCGACGACUACAGAGCCGACAACUACAGAGCCGACAAUUACACAACCGACAACCACAGAACCGACAACCACAGAACCAUCAACUACACAACUGACAAAUACACAACCGACAACCAUAGAACCUACACAACCGAUAUCCACAGAAUCAUCAACCACAGAACCGUCAACUACACAACCGACAACCACAGAACCGUCAAUCACAGAACCGUCAACUACAGAGACGACAACUACACAACAGACAACCACAGAACCGACAACAACAGAACCGACAACUACACAAACGACAACUACAGAGCCGACAACUUCACAACCGACAACUACACAACCAACAACCACAGAACUGACAACCACAGAACCGACAAGUACAGAACCGACAACCACAGAACCGACAACUACACAACCGACAACUACACAACCAACAACCACAAAACCGACAACCACAAAACCGACAACUACACAACCGACGACUACAGAGCCGACAACUACAGAGCCGAUAACUACACAACCGACCACCACAGAACCGACAGCUACAGACUCGACAACUACACAACCGACCAUCACAGAACCAACAAUCACAGAACCGACAACUAAAGAAUCGACAACCACAGAACCGACAACUGCAGAGCCGACAACUACACAACCGACCACCACAGAACCGACAGCUACGGACCCGACAACUACACAACCGACCAUCACAGAGCCAACAAUCACUGAACCGACAACUACAGAAUCGACAACCACAGAACCGACAACCACAGGACCGACAUCCACAGAACCGACAACUACAAAACCGUCCACUACACAACCGACAACUACAGAACUGUCAACUACACAACCGACAACCACAAAACCGACAACAAAACAACUGACACCCACAGAACCGACAACUACACAACUGACAACCACAGAACAGACAACCACAGUACCGACAACAAAACAACUGACACCCACAGAACCGACAACUACACAACCGACAACUACUAAACCGUCAUCCACUGAACAAACAACCACAGAACCGAAAACUACAGAACCGACAACCACAGAACCGAAAACUACAGAACCGUCAACCACAGAACCGACAACUAGAGAACCGUCAACCACAGAACCAACAACCACAAAACCAACAACUACAGAGCUGACAACUACAGAACCGUUAACCUCAGAACCGACAACCACAAAACCGAUAACUACACAACCGACAACCACAGAACAAACAGCCACAGAACUGACAACUACACAACCGACAACUACAGAUCUGACAACCACAAAACCAACAACCACAGAACGGACAACUACAGAACAGACAACUACAGAACUUUCAACAACAGAACCGACAACCACAGUACCGACAACAAAACAACUGACACCCACAGAACCGUUUACUACACAACCAAAAACCACAGAACAGACAACCACAGAACUGAAAACUACAGAACCGACAACUACAGAACUGACAACCAGCGAACCGUCAACCACAGAACCGACAACUAGAGAACCGAUAACUACACAAUCGACAACCACAGAACCGUCAACCACAGAACCAACAACAGAAUCGAUAACCACAGAACCGUCAACCACAGAACCAACAACCACAGAACGGACAACUACAGAACCGUCAACCACAGAACCGUCACUCACAGAACCAACAACCACAGAACUGUCAACUACACAACCGUCAACUACAGAACCGUCAACCACAGAACCGACAACCACAGAACCGUCAACCACAGAACCGACAACCACAGAACCGACAACCACAGAACCGUCAACUACACAACCUUCAACCACAGAACUGAUAACUACAGAACCGAUAACUACAGAACCGUCAACUACAAAAUCGACAACCACAGAACCGUCAACUACACAACCGACAACCACAAAACCGACAACCACAGAACUGGCAACUUCACAACCGUCAACCACAGAACCGACAACCACAGAACCGACAACUACAGAACCGUCAACUACAGAUCCGUCAACCACAGAACCGAUACCUACACAACACUCAACUACACAAACGUCAAUUGCAAAACCGACAACUAUAGAACCGUCAACUACAAAACUGACAACCACAGAACCGACAACCACAGAACCGUCAACUAUACAACCGACAACCACAGAACCGUCAACCACAGAACUGACAACCACAGAACCAUCAACCACAGAACCGUCAACAAUACAACCGACAACCACAGAACCGUCAACCACAGAACCGACAACUACAGAUUCGAGAACCACAGAACCAACAACCACAGAACCGACAACCACAGAAACGACAACUACAGGACCGACAACCACAGAACCGUCAACUACAGAACCGUCAACCACAGAGCCGACAACUACAGAACCGUCAACCACAAAAACGUCAACUACACAACCGACAACCACAGAACCGUCAACCACAGAAACGUCAACCACAAAACCGACAACCACAGAACCGACAACCACAGAACCGUCGACCACAGAACCGACAACCACAGAACCGACAACUACACAACCGACAACCACAGAAACGACAACCACAGAAACGACAACUACAGGACCGACAACCACAGAACAGACAACCACAGAACUGACAACCACAGAACCAUCAACCACAGACCCGUCAGCUAUACAACCGACAACCAAAGAACCGUCAAGCACAGAACUGUUAACCACAGAACCGACAACUACAGAUUCGACAACCACAGAACCAACAACCACAGAACCGACAACCACAGAAGUGACAACCACAGAAUCGACAACCACAGAAACGACAACUACAGGACCGACAACCACAGAACAGACAACCACAGAACCGACAACCACAGAACCAUCAACUAUACAACCGACAACUACACAACCGACAACCACAGAACCGUCAACUACACAACUGACAACUACAGAACUGACAACCACAAAACCAACAACCACAGAACAGACAACAACAGAAUCGUUAACCUCAGAACCGACAACCACAAAACCAACAACUACAGAACCGACAACCACAGGACAGACAACCACAGAACCAACAACCACAGAACUGACAACCACAGAACCGAGAACUAUUGAACCGUUAACCGCAGAACCGUUAACCACAGAACCGACAACCACAGAACUGACAACCACAGAACCGACAACCACAGAACCGACAACUACACGACCGGCAACCACAGAACCGUCAACUACACAACCGACAACUACAGAACUGACAACUACAAAACCAACAACUACAGAACCGACAACCACAGAACCGACAACCACAGAACCGACAACCACAGAACCAACAACCACAGAACCGACAACUACACGACCGGCAACCACAGAACCGUCAACUACACAACCGACAACUACAGAACUGACAACUACAAAACCAACAACCACAGAACCGACAACUACAGAACUGUUAACCUCAGAAACGACAACCACAAAACCGACUACAGAACCGACAACCACAAAACAGACAACCACAGAACUGUUAACCGCAGAACUGACAACUACACAACCGACAACUACAGAACCGACAACUACAGAACCGUUAACCACAGAACCGUUAACCAAAGAACCGACAUCCACAGAAACGACAACUACAAAACCUACAACCACAGAACCGACAACCACAGAACUGACAACCACAGAACCGUUAACCACAGAACCGACAACCACAGAACCAACAACUACAGAACCGUUAACCACAGAACAGACAACUACACGACCGACAACUACACGACCGACAACUACAGAACCGACAACCACAGAACAAACAACCACAGAACCGACAACCACAGAACCGUCAACUACAGGACCGACAACCACAGAACCGACAACUGCAGAUCCGACAACCACAGAACCGACAACCACAGAACCGUCAACUACAGGACCGACAACCACAGAACCGACAACUGCAGAGCCAACAACUACACGACCGACAACCACAGAACCGACAACUAUUGAACCGUUAACCACAGAACCGUCAACUAUUGAACCGUUAACCACAGAACCGUCAACUAUUGAACCGUUAACCACAGAACCGUCAACUACAGGACAGACAACCACAGAACCGACAACUACAGAGCCAACAACGAGCUCUACGACAAUUAUACCUACCACGAAACCUACCACAACUGUACCUACAGCUUUAUCUACCACAAUAACAACAACAAUUGUGCCUACCAUGACACCUACAACAACUGUGCCUACCACUACACCUACAACAACUGUGCCUACCACUACACCUACAACAACUGUGCCUACCACUACACCUACAACAGCUGUGCCUACCACGACACCUACACCAACUGUUACUUCCACUUCACCUACAACAGCUGUGCCUACCACUACACCUACAAUAACUGUGUCUACCACUACACCUACAACAGCUGUGCCUACUACGACAACUGUGCCUACCACGACACCUACAACAACUGUACCCACCAUGAACCCUACCACCAAUAUGCUGACUACGAUUUCAACAACACCUGUAACUAGUAGGACUGAGACAAUGUUGCAGAGUACAACCGCUUCAGCAUCCUAUUCACAAACUACACCGGAGAUACAUACAGGUUUAUAUACCUAUUACUAUGCUCCAAAACACACCAACUUAUUGGUUUUACAGUCCAUUACUACAACAGAACCGACACAAAAUCUGAAAAAUAAAAUAGAACUGACAACACAUUCUACAACUACAACAGAACCGACACAACAGUCCACAACUUCAACAGACAUCACAGUCCACAACUACAACAGAACCGACACCACAGUCCACAACUACAACAGACACCACAGUCCACAACAUCAACAGACAUCACAGUCCACAACUACAACAGAACCGACAUCACAGUCCACAACUACAAUAGAACCGACACCACAGUCCACAACUACAACAGAACCGACACCACAGUCCACAACUACAACAGAACCGACACCACAGUCCACAACUACAACAGAACCGACACUACAGUCCACAACUACAACAGAACCGACACCACAGUCCACAACUCAACAGACAUCACAGUCCACAACUACAACAGAACCGACAUCACAGUCCACAACUACAACAGAACCGACAUCACAGUCCACAACUACAACAGAACCGACACCACAGUCCACAACUUCAACAGACACCACAGUCUACAACUACAACAGAACCGAAAUCACAGUCCACAACUACAACAGACACCACAGUCCACAACUACAACAGAACCGACACCACAGUCCACAACUACAACAGAACCGACACCACAGUCCACAACUACUACAGAACCGACAUCACAGUCCACAACUACAACAGAACCGACACCACAGUCCACAACUACAACAGACAUCACAGUCUACAACUACAACAGAACCGACACCACAGCGGUACAACCUGCCUUUGAGGGGAUAUCGCUAUCAACUAAAUGGUCGAAGCAUAGACGUUAAAAAGGGUUCAUCCGUUAUUGCUCCAGGAAUGACUGAUGCACCAGAAAUGACUUCUUCUACUGAUAGUCCGGUGACGUUAGAAAUGAGCUCUUCCAGUCCGACUACAGCAUCAAAUGUACACACGAGCAAUGUACCAGAACUUUCAACAAUAUCACAGAUAUCGACAAGUAACCUGAAAACAACUAGACUUGAAACAACUACAUCGGGAAUACAAGAUCCAGAUACGACGUCCAUCGACACGACUAUUCCGGAAAACACUUCCACCGUAACAACAACAAGAGUAGAAUCAACGACAACAACAUCUAUUCCGGAAACAACAACCACCUCAGUGUCAUCCACAGCGACUACAACUAUUUCGGAAACAACAACCACAUCAGUUCCAUCAACGACGACUUCAGCUAUUCCGGAAACAACAACCACAUCAGUUCCAUCAACGACGACUUCAGCUAUUCCGGAAACAACAACCACAUCAGUUCCAUCAACGACGACUUCAGCUAUUCCGGAAACAACAACCACAUCAGUUCCAUCAACGACGACUUCAGCUAUUCCGGAAACAACAACCACAUCAGUGCCAUCAACGACUACAACAGCUAUUCCGGAAACAACAACCACAUCAGUACCAUCAAUGACGACUACAACUAUUCCGGAAAUAACCACAUCACUGCUAUCAACGACGACUUCAGCUAUUCCGGAAACAACAACCACAUCAGUGCCAUCAACGACGACUACACCUAUUCCGGAAACAACAACCACAUCAGUACCAUCAACGACGAUUACAGCUAUUCCGGAAACAACAACCACAUCAGUACCGUCAAUGACGACUACAGCUAGUCCGGAAACAACCACAAAAUCAGUUCCAUCCACGACGACUUCAGCUAUUCCGGAAACAACAACCACAUCAGUUCCAUCAACGACGACUUCAGCUAUUCCGGAAACAACAACUACAUCAGUGCCAUCAACGACGACAACAGCUAUUCCGAAAACAACAACCACAUCAGUACCAUCAAUGACGACUACAAUUAUUCCGGAAACAACCACAUCACUGCCAUCAACGACGACUUCAGCUAUUCCGGAAACAACAACCACAUCAGUGCCAUCAACGACGACUACACAUAUUCCGGAAACAACAACCACAUCAGUACCAUCAACGACGACUACAGCUAUUCCGGAAACAACAACCACAUCAAUACCAUCAACGACAACUACAACUAUUCCGGAAACAACAACCACUUCAGUACCAUCCACGCCGCCUACAACUAUUCCGGAAACAACAACCACAUCAGUGCCAUCAACGACAACUACAACUGUGUCGGAAACAACAACCACAUCAGUGCCAUCAAUGACGACUACAGCUAUUCCGGAAACAACAACCACAUCAAUACCAUCAACGACAACUACAACUAUUCCGGAAACAACAACCACUUCAGUACCAUCCACUCCGCCUACAACUAUUCCGGAAACAACAACCACAUCAAUACCAUCAACGACAACUACACCUGUGCCGGAAACAACAACCACAUCAGUGCCAUCAAUGAUAACUACAACUCUGCCGGAAACAACAACCACAUCAGUACCAUCGACGACGACUACACCUAUUCCGGAAACAACAACCACAUCAGUGCCAUCAAUGACGACAACACCCGUUCCGGAAACAACAACCACAUCAAUACCAUCAACGACAACUACAACUGUGUCGGAAACAACAACCACAUCAGUACCAUCGACGACGACUACAGCUAUUCCGGAAACAACAGCCACAUCAGUGCCAUCAAUGACGACUACAUCCAUUCCGGAAACAACCACAUCAAUACCAUCAACGACAACUACAACUGUGCCGGAAACAACAACCACAUCGGUACCAUCCACGAUGACUACAGCUAUUCCGGAAACAACAACCACCUCAAUACCCUCAACGACGACUACAACUAUUUCGGAAACAACAACCACACCAUUAUCAUCAACGAUGACUACAACUAUUCCGGAAACAACCACCACAUCAGUACCAUCAACGACGACUACAGCUAUUCCGGAAACAACAACCACAUCAAUACCAUCAACGACAACUACAACUGUGCCGGAAACAAUAACCACAUCAGUACCAUCGACGACGACUACAGCUAUUCCGGAAACAACAGCCACAUCAGUGCCAUCAAUGACGACUACAUCCAUUCCGGAAACAACAACCACAUCAAUACCAUCAACGACAACUACAACUGUGCCGGAAACAACAACCACAUCGGUACCAUCCACGAUGACUACAGCUAUUCCGGAAACAACAACCACCUCAAUACCCUCAACGACGACUACAACUAUUUCGGAAACAACAACCACACCAUUAUCAUCAACGAUGACUACAACUAUUCCGGAAACAACCACCACAUCAGUACCAUCAACGACGACUACAGCUAUUCCGGAAACAGAAACCACAUCAGUGCCAUCAAUGACGCCUACAACUAUUCCGGAAACAACAACCUAUUCACUGCCAUCCACGGCGCCUUCAACUAUUCCGGAAACAACCACUACAUCAGUACCAUCAACGACGACUACAAAUAUUCUGGAAACAACAACCACAACAGUACCAUCAACGACGAUUACAACUAUUCCGGAAACAACAACAUCAGUACCAUCAACGACGACUACACCAAUUCCGGAAACAACAACCACAUCAGUACCAUCAACGACGACUACACCAAUUCCGGAAACAACAACAACAUCAGUACCAUCAACGACGAUUACAGCUAUUUCGGAAACAACAACCACAUCAGUGCCAUCAAUGACGACUACAACUAUUCCGGAAACAACAACCACUUCAUUGCCAUCAACGACGACUUCAGCUAUUCCGGAAACAACAACCACAUCAGUGCCAUCAAUGACGACUACAACUAUUCCGGAAACAACAACCACUUCAGUGCCAUCAACGACGACUUCAGCUAUUCCGGAAACAACAACCACAUCAGUGCCAUCAAUGACGACUACAACUAUUCCGGAAACAACAACCACAUCAGUGCCAUCAAUGACGACUACAACUAUUCCGGAAACAACAACCACAUCACUGCCAUCAAUGACGACUACGGCUAUUCAGGAAACAACAACCACAUCAGUGCCAACAAUGACGACUACAACUAUUCCGGAAACAACAACCACAUCACUGCCAUCCACGACGACUAUAGCUAUUCCGGAAACAACAACCACAUCAGUGCCAUCAACGACGAUUGCAGCUAAGUCGGAAACAACAACCGCAUCAGUACCAUCCACGGCGUCUAGAACUGUUCCGGAAACAACAACCACAACACUACCAUCAACUACAACUACAAAUAUUCCGGAAAUAACAACCACAACAGUGCCAUCAACGACAACUACAACUAUUCCGGAAACAACAACCACAUCAGUAACAUCAACUACAACUACAAAUAUUCCGGAAAUAACAACCACAUCAGUGCCAUCAACGACGACUACAACUAUUCCGGAAACAACAACCACCUCAGUACCAUCAACAACGACUUCAACCGUUCCGGAAACAACAACCACAUCAGUACCAUCCACGACGACUAUAGGUAUUCCGGAAACAACAACCACAUCAGUACCAUCCAUAACGACUACAGCUAUUCCGGAAACAACAACCACAUCAGUGCCAUCAACGACGAUUGCAGCUAAGUCGGAAACAACAACCACAUCGUUGCAAUCCACGGCGUCUACAACUAUUUCGGAAGCAACAACAACAUCAGUACCACCUACAGCGACUACAACUAUUUCGGAAACAACAACCUCAUCAGUACCAUCCACGACGACUACAGCUAUUCCGGAAACAACAAGCACAUCACUGGCAUCAACGACGACUACAAUAAUUCCGGAAACAACAACCACAUCACUGCCAUCAAUGACGACUACAGCUAUUCAGGAAACAACAACCACAUCAGUGCCAACAAUGACGACUACAACUAUUCCGGAAACAACAACCACAUCAGUACCAUCCACGGCGUCUAGAACUAUUCAGGAAACAACAACAACAUCAGUACCAUCCACGACGACUACAACUAUUCCGGAAACAACAACCACAUCAGUACCAUCCACGACGACUACAGCUAUUCCGGAAACAACAACCACAUCAUUACCAUCAACGAAGACUACAGCUAUUCCGGAAACAACAAGCACAUCACUGCCAUCAACGACGACUACAAUAAUUCCGGAAACAACAACCACAUCACUGCCAUUCAUAACGACUUCGGCUAAUACGGAAACAACAACCACAUCAGUACCAUCAAUGACGAGUACAGCUAUUCCGGAAACAACAACCACAUUAAUACCAUCCACGACGACUACAGCUAUUCCGGAAAUAACAACCACAUCAGUGUCGUCAAUGACGACUACAACUAUUCUGGAAACAACAACCACAUCAGUGCCAUCAACGACGACUACAAGUAUUCCGGAAACAACAACCACAUCAGUACCAUCAACGACGACUACAAGUAUUCCGGAAACAACAACCACAUCACUGCCAUCAAUGACGACUACGGCUAUUCAGGAAACAACAACCACAUCAGUGCCAACAAUGACGACUACAACUAUUCCGGAAACAACAACCACAUCAGUGCCAUCAACGACGACUACAGGUAUUCCAGAAACAACAACCACAUCAGUACCAUUCACAACGACUCCAACAAUUCCGGAAACAACAACCACAUCACUGCCAUCCACGACGACUAUAGCUAUUCCGGAAACAACAACCACAUCAGUGCCAUCAACGACGAUUGCAGCUAAGUCGGAAACAACAACCGCAUCAGUACCAUCCACGGCGUCUAGAACUAUUCAGGAAACAACAACAACAUCUGUACCAUCCACGACGACUACAACUAUUCCGGAAACAACAACCACAUCAGUACCAUCCACGACGACUACAGCUAUUCCGGAAACAACAACCACAUCAUUACCAUCAACAACGGCUACAGUUAUUCCGGAAACAACAACCACAUCAGUGCCCUCCACGGCGACUACAGCAAUUCCGGAAACAACAACUACAUCACUGCCAUCCAUAACAACUUCGGGUAAUCCGGAAUUAACAACCACAUCAGUACCAUCAACGACGAGUACAGCUAUUCCGAAAACAAAAACCACAUCAAUGCCGUCAAUGAAGACUACAAGUAUUCCGGAAACAACAACCACAUCAGUACCAUUCACGACGACUACAACAAUUACGGAAACACCAACCACAUUUCUGCCAUCAACGACGACUACAACUAUUCCGGAAACAACAACCACAUCAGUGCCAUCAACGACGAGUACAAUAAUUCCGGAAACAACGAUCUCAUCACUGCAAUCCACGACGACUACCACUAUUCCGGAAACAACAACCACAUCGGUGCCAUCAACGACGACUACAACUGUUCCGGAAACAACAACCACAACACUACCAUCAACUACAACUACAAAUAUUCCGGAAAUAACAACCACAACAGUGCCAUCAACGACAACUACAACUAUUCCGGAAACAACAACCACAUCAGUAACAUCAACUACAACUACAAAUAUUCCGGAAAUAACAACCACAUCAGUGCCAUCAACGACGACUACAACUAUUCCGGAAACAACAACCACCUCAGUACCAUCAACGACGACUUCAACCGUUCCGGAAACAACAACCACAUCAGUACCAUUAACGACGAUUGCAGCUAUUUCGGAAACAACAACCGCAACAGUACCGUCCGCGGUUACUACAACUAUUCCGGAAACAAUAACCACAACAGUACCAUCAACGACGACGUCAACUGUUUCGGAAACUACAACCACAUCAGUACCAUCAACGACGACCAUAAUUAUGCCGGAAACAACAACCACAACAGUACCAUCAACGACGACUUCAACCGUUCCGGAAACAACAACCACAUCAGUACCAUCCACGACGACUAUAGGUAUUCCGGAAACAACAACCACAUCAGUACCAUCCAUAACGACUACAGCUAUUCCGGAAACAACAACCACAUUAGUACUGUCCACGACGACUACAAGUAUUCCGGAAACAACAACCACAUCAGUACCAUUCACGACGACUACAACAAUUCCGGAAACACCAACCACAUCACUGCAAUCCACGACGACUACAACUAUUCCGAAAACAACAACCACAUCGGUGCCAUCAACGACGACUACAACUGUUCCCGAAACAACAACCACAACAGUACCAUCAACUACAACUACAAAUAUUCCGGAAAUAACAACCACAUCAGUGCCAUCAACGACGAGUACAAUUGUUCCGGAAACAACAACCACAUCAGUACCAUCAACGAAGACUUCAACCGUUCCGGAAACAACAACCACAUCAGUACCAUCCACGACGACUAUAGGUAUUCCGGAAACAACAACCACAUCAGUACCAUCCACAACGACUACAGCUAUUCCGGAAGCAACAACCACAUCAGUACCAUCCACAACGACUACAGCUAUUCCGGAAGCAACAACCACAUCAGUACCAUCAACGACGACUACAGCUAUUCCGGAAGCAACAACCACAUCAGUACCAUCCACAACGACUACAGCUAUUCCGGAAGCAACAACCACAUCAGUACCAUCAACGACGACUACAGCUAUUCCCGAAACAACAACCACAUCAGUACCAUCAACGACGACAACAAAUUUUCCGGAAACAACUUCUACAUCAGUGCCAUCCACAUCUACAACAAAUAUUCAGGGAUUAAGCACCACAUCAGCACCAUCAACGAGCAGUUCAGCUCUUCUGGAUACAGAAAUUACACAAUUACACAUCUCGACGACUACUAUUGUUCUGGAAGCAACAACAUCUCCAACCACAUCAGUAAAAUCCAUAACGACUGCAGUUGUUUCUGAAACAGCAGCUACACAAAUAUCAACGUCGACUACAAGUGUUCCUCCAGAAACAAUAUCCACAAAAGCACCAGCUACGUCGAGUACAAGUGUUCCUCCAGAAACAAUAUCCACACAAGUAUCAUCUAUGUCGACUUCAAGUGUUCCUCCAGAAACAAUUACCACACAAGUAUCAGCUACGUCGACUACAAGUGUUCCUCCAGAAACAAUUACCACACAAGUAUCAUCUACGUCGACUUCAAGUGUUCCUCAAGAAACAAUAUCCACACAAGUAUCAUCUACGUCGAGUACAAGUGUUCCUCCAGAAACAACAUCCACACAAAUAGCAUCUACGUCGACUACAAGUGUUCCUCCAGAAACAAUAUCCACACAAGUAUCAUCUACGUCGACUUCAAGUGUUCCUCCAGAAACAAUUACCACACAAGUAUCAGCGUCGACUACAAGUGUUCCUCCAGAAACAAUUACCACACAAGUAUCAUCUACGUCGACUUCAAGUGUUCAUCAAGAAACAAUAUCCACACAAGUAUCAUCUACGUCGAGUACAAGUGUUCCUCCAGAAACAACAUCCACACAAAUAGCAUCUACGUCGACUACAAGUGUUCCUCCAGAAACAAUAUCCACACAAGUAUCAUCUACGUCGACUUCAAGUGUUCCUCCAGAAACAAUUACCACACAAGUAUCAUCUACGUCGACUACAAGUAUUCCUCCAGAAACAAUUACCACACAAAUAUCAGCGUCGACUUUAAGUGUUCCUCCAGAAACAAUAUCCACACAAGUAUCAUCUACGUCGCGUACAAGUGUUCCUCCAGAAACAAUUACCACACAAGUAUCAUCUACGUCGACUACAAGUGUUCCUCCAGAAACAACAACAACAACACAAGUAUCAUCUACGUCGAGUACAAGUGUUCCUCCAGAAACAACAACCACACAAGCACCAGCUACGUCGACUACAAGUGUUCCUCCAGAAACAACAACAACACAAGUAUCAUCUACGUCGAGUACAAGUGUUCCUCCAGAAACAAUUACCAUACAAGUAUCAUCUACGUCGACUACAAGUGUUCCUCCAGAAACAACAACCACACAAGUAUCAUCUACGUCGAGUACAAGUGUUCCUCCAGAAACAAUUACCACACAAGUAUCAUCUACGUCGACUACAAGUGUUCCUCCAGAAACAAUUACCACACAAGUAUCAUCUACGUCGAGUACAAGUGUUCCUCCAGAAACAAUAUCCACACAAGUAUCAUCUACGUCGAGUACAAGUGUUCCUCCAGAAACAAUAUCCACACAAGUUUCAUCUACGUCGACUACAAGUGUUCCUCCAGGAACAAUAUCCACACAAGUAUCAUCUACGUCGAGUACAAGUGUUCCUCCAGAAACAAUAUCCACACAAGUUUCAUCUACGUCGACUACAAGUGUUCCUCCAGGAACAAUAUCCACACAAGCACCAGCUACGUCGAUUACAAGUGUUCCUUCAGAAACAAUAUCCACACAAGUAUCAUCUACGUCGACUACAAGUGUUCCUCCAGGAACAAUAUCCACACAAAUAGCAUCUACGUCGACUUUAAGUGUUCUUCCAGAAACAAUAUCCACACAAGUAUCAUCUACGUCGAGUACAAGUGUUCCUCCAGAAACAAUAUCCACACAAGUAUCAUCUACGUCGACUACAAGUGUUCCUCCAGGAACAAUAUCCACACAAUCACCAGCUACGUCGAGUACAAGUGUUCCUCCAGAAACAAUAUUCACACAAGUAUCAUCUACGUCGACUAGAAGUGUUCCUCCAGGAACAAUAUCCACACAAAUAGCAUCUACGUCGACUUUAAGUGUUCUUCCAGAAACAAUAUCCACACAAAUAGCAUCUACGUCGAGUACAAGUGUUCCUCCAGAAACAAUUACCGCACAAGUAUCAUCUACGUCGACUUCAACUGUUAAUCCAGAAACAAUAACCACACAAGUACCACCUUCGACGACUGGAACAGAAUUAACCACAUUGGUGAUGUCCACAACGACUUCUAAAACUUUUCCCGAUACAACAUCAGCGGUAACAACUUUAGCGGAAACAACGACUACGAAAACAAUAACAGAUCCUUCAUCAGAUCCAGCAACCAGUAAUCCGACAGCCAUCACAACAGGUACGACUUAUAUCCCUGGCACUUCUGAUGAAGUAUCUAUAGAACGAGUCACUUCUUCAGCAAUGGCUAGCGAAGUAGUCACUAGUGAAAUAGCGACUAUUGAGCCGGUUAGUGCUGAAGCAGUGACAACAGAACCAAUGCAUGUUGACAUCAAUGCUACUAUGAUAAUGACUACUGAAAAAGUAUCUGCCACAUCAGGGCAACAUACCACCACUGCAGGUGUUUCUGAAACAGCAACUACACAAAUACCAUCUGAACAAAUUACUACACAAGUACCAUCUUGGACAACUAAAACUGCGGAAUCAACAACCACAUCUGUGACGUACACUACGUCUUCAUCUGUUCUGGAAACACUAUCCACAGGUGUACCGUCCACGUCGACAACAACUGUUCCAGAAACAACAACCACAUCGACUACAGCUGUUGCUGAAACAAGCACCACAGUGACAGAAAAGGGGACUACGAGUCUACCGGAGACAAUUACUACAUCAGUACCAACCUCGGCGAGUUCAAAUACAGCUGUUUCGGAAACAAAACUGCUAUCAACAACUAUUUCAGCUAAUCCGGAAACAACAACCACAUCAAUACCAUCCACGACGACUGCAGCUGUCCCUGAAACAACAACCGCAUCAGUACCAUCAACGACGACUGCAGCUGUCCCUGACACAACAACCGCAUCAAUACCAUCAACGACGACUGCAGCUGUCCCUGAAACAACAACCACAUCAAUACCAUCCACGACGACUGAAGCUGUCCCUGAAACAACAACCGCAUCAGUACCAUCAACGACGACUUCAUCCGUCCCUGAAACAACAACCACAUCAAUACCAUCCACGUCGACUGCAGCUGUCCCUGAAACAACAACCACAUCAAUACCACCCACGUCGACUGCAGCUGUCCCUAACACAACAACCACAUCAAUACCAUCCACGACGACUGCAGCUGUCCCUGAAACAACCGCAUCAGUACCAUCAACGUCGACUGCAGCUGUCCCUGAAACAACAACCACAUCAAUACCAUCCACGACGACUGAAGCUUUCCCUGAAACAACAACCACAUCAAUACCACCCACGUCGACUGCAGCUGUCCCUGAAACAACAACCACAUCAAUACCUCCCACGUCGACUGCAACUGUCCCUGAAAUAACAACCACAUCAAUACCACCCACGUCGACUGCAGCUGUCCCUGAAACAACAACCACAUCAAUACCACCCACGUCGACUGCGGCUGUCCCUAACACAACAACCACAUCAAUACCAUCAACGACGACUGCAGCUGUCCCUGAAACAACAACCGCAUCAAUACCAUCAACGACGACUGCAGUUGUCUCUGAAACAACAACCACAUCAAUACCAUCCACGACGACUGCAGCUUUCCCUGAAACAACAACCGCAUCAGUACCAUCAACGACGACUUCAUCCGUCCCUGAAACAACAACCGCAUCAAUACCAUCAACGUCGACUGCAGCUGUCCCUGAAACAACAACCGCAUCAGUACCAUCAACGACGACUUCAUCUGUCCCUGAAACAACAACCACAUCAAUACCUCCCACGUCGACUGCAACUGUCACUGAAAUAACAACCACAUCAAUACCACCCACGUCGACUGCAGCUGUCCCUGAAACAACAACCACAUCAAUACCACCCACGUCGACUGCAGCUGUCCCUGAAACAACAACCGCAUCAGUACCAUCAACGACGACUUCAUCCGUCUCUGAAACAACAACCGCAUCAAUACCAUCAACGUCGACUGCAGCUGUCCCUGAAACAACAACCACAUCAAUACCACCCACGUCGACUGCAACUGUCCCUGAAAUAACAACUUCGUUGGUAUCAUCCAUAACAGCUAUUACUGAUGGCGAAAUAACUACCAAGACAACAAGAACAACAACUACUUCACCUGAUCCGGAAACAACAACAGCAUCAAUACCAUCCACGACGACUUCAACUGUUCCAGAUAUAAUAACCACAUCAAUACCAUCCACGUCGACUGCAGCUGUCCCUGAAACAACAACAGCAUCAAUAUCAUCCAUGACGACUACAUCCGUCCCUGAAACAACAACAACAUCAAUACCAUCCACCACGACUGCAGCUGUCCCUGAAACAACAACAGCAUCAAUAUCAUCCAUGACGACUACAUCCGUCCCUGAAACAACAACUACAUCAAUACCAUCCACGACGACUGCAGCUGUCCCUGAAACAACAACCGCUUCAAUAACAUCCACGACUACUGCAGCUGUCCCUGAAACAACAACAGCCUCAAUACCAUCCAUGACGGCUACUGCAGCUGUCCCUGAAACAACAACAGCCUCUAUACCAUCCACAGCAACUGCAGCUGUCCCUAAAACAACAACUUCGUCGGUAUCAUCCACAACAGCUAUUACUGAUGGCGAAAUAACUACCAAGACAACAAGAACAACAACUACUUCAGCUGAUCCGGAAACAACAACCACAUCAAUACCAUUCACGACGACUGCAGGUGUCCCUGAAACAACAACCACAUCAAUACCAUCCACGUCGACUACAGUUGUUACUGAAACAAGCACCACAGUGACAGAAAAGGGGAAUACGAGUCUACCGGAGACAAUUACUACAUCAGUACCAACCUCGGCGAGUUCGAAUAUAGAUGUUUCGGAAACAAAACUACCAUCAACAACUAUUUCAGCUGUCCCUGAAACUAUAACCACAUCAAUACCAUCCAUGACGACUGAAGCUGUCCCUGAAACUAUAACCACACCAAUACCAUCCACGACGACUACAUUCGUCCCUAAAACAACAACAGCCUCAAUGCCAUCCAUGACGACUACAUCCGUCCCAGAAACAACAACCGCUUCAAUUCCAUCCACGACUACUGCAUCUCUUCCUGAAACAACAACCUCGUCGGUAUCAUCCACAACAGCUAUUACUGAUGGCGAAAUAGCUACCACGACAACAAGAACAACAACUACUUCAGCUGAUCCGGAAACAACAACCACAUCAACACCAUCCACGACGACUGCGGCUGUCUCUGAAACUACAACCGGUUCAAUACCAUCCAUGACGACUUCAACUGUACUUGAAACAACAACCACAUCAGUACCAUCCACGACGACUGAAGCUGUCCCUGAAACUAUAACCACAUCAAUACCAUCCACGACGACUGCAGCUGUCCCUGGAACAACAACCGCAUCAGUACCAUCCACGACGACUACAUCCGUCCCUGAAACAACAACCGCUUCAAUUCCAUCCACGACGACUACAUCCGUCCCUGAAACAACAACCGCUUCAAUUCCAUCCACGACUACAGCAGCUGUCCCUGAAACAACAACCGCUUCAAUAACAUCCACGACUACUGCAUCUCUUCCUGAAACAACAACCUCGUCGGUAUCAUCCACAAAAACUAUUACUGAUGGCGAAAUAACUACCACGACAAGAAGAACAACACCUGCUUCAGCCACAUCUACUAUGGAAACAAUAACCACGAUGACUGUUCCGGUAACAACGACCUCAUUAUCAUCCAGGCCGACUACAAAUCUUCCGGAAGCCUCAUCGCCUACAACUGUUUCAGAACAGACAACCACAAAAGUAUUAUCCACGACGACUGACCCUUUCCCGAAAACAACCACCUCAAAAAUGACUUCAACCGUUCCGGAAAUAACAACCACACAGGUAUCAUCUCCAAAGACUUCAACUGUUCAUGGAACAACCACUACGUUAGUACCAUCCACGAGUACAGUGGAAGAAGUUACAGCACCAGUAGCAUCAUCAAUAACAACAAAUACUCUAGAACCAAUUACAUCACCAGUGAUAUCUACAACAGAAACUGGAACAAAUCCAAUGGUAGCCACAACGGAUACAACUCUUCUGGAAACAACGACUUCGAAAACUAUAACAGAUCCUUCAUCAGAUCCUGAAACCAGUAAUCCAACAGCCAUUACAACAGGUACGACUAUUAUUCUAGGCACUUCUGAGGAAGUAUAUAUUGAAAAAGUCACUUCUUCAGCAAUGACUAGCGAAGUAGUCGCUGAUGAAACAGCGACUAUUAAGCCGGUAAGUGCUGAAGCAGUGACUAAUGUAUUAAUGCAUGAUGACUUAAAUUCUACUAUGGUAAUAGCUACUGAAGACGUAUCUGCUGAAGCUGUCGCUGCUAACACAAAGUAUACGGAAUUAGAAGGUAAUAAAGUUACACCUACUGAAUCAGUCAUUACUGAAACAAAAGUCACUGAUUCAUCCUCUACUGGAACUACGACUACUGAAAAUAUAGUAACAAUGACUGAUGAAGCGGUCGCCCCCAUAACAACGACUACUAGAGUAGUCACUAACGAAACAACGACAACUGAAGUAGCCACUAACGAAACAACGACAACUGGAGCAGUCACUAACGAAAUAACGACAACUGGAGCAGUCACUAACGAGGCAACGACUACUGGAGCAGUCACUAACGAGGCAACGACUGCUGAAGUAGUCACUUACAAAACGACUGAUGGAACAGUCACUGACGAGGCAACGACAACUGGAGUAGUGAUUAACAAAACAACGACUGCUGAAGCAGUUAAUGGCGAAACGACUACUGAAGCAGUCACAAUCGGAACGACGACUGCCGAAUCAGGCUCUGACGAAACGACAAUUGAAGCAGUUACUAACGAUACAAUAAUUACCGAAGCAGUAAAUCCCCAAACAAUAACAACGACGACUGGAUCCAUCACUCCUCAAUCAAUAACUACAGGAGCAGACACUAUUAAAACAACGACUGCUGAUGUAGUCGACACUACCGAAGCAACAUCUACUGUUGCGAUCAAUUUUGAGUCGGCGUCUACUGAAGCUUUCAAAACUGCAACGACUUCUGAUGCUUUCAUAGUAUCAGUAGUGUCUACUGAAGCUAUAACAACCGAAGUAACAUUAAACGAAGUUGUGACAACUGAAUCGAUGUCGACUAAAGCAUUUACCGCUGAAGCAGCGUCAUCUGAAGAAAGUUUCACAACUAAAGCAUUGUCAACAGAAGUAGUCACGAGUGAAGCAGCGUCUACUGAAGCAGUCUCAAUCGCAGCACUGUUUACUGAACCUAUCACAACCCAACCAACGUCUACUGAAGUUGUCACAACUGUAGCAGCGUCUUCUGAUGCUAUCACAACAGGGACGUCUACUGAAGCUGUCACAACCGAAACAACCUCCGCUGAAGGCGUCACAACCGAAACAACGUUCGCUGAAGGCGUCACAACCGAAACAACGUCCGCUGAAGCUGUCACAACCGAAACAACAUCCGAUAUAGCUGUCACAACCGAAACAACGUCCGCUGAAGUUGUCACAACCGAAACAACGUCCGCUGGUUCUGUCACAGCUGAAACGAAGCCCGCUGAAGGUGUCACAACCGAAACAACGUCCACUGCAGCUGUUACAAUCGAAACAACGUCAGUUGAAGCUGCCACAACCGAAACAAUCUCCGCUGAAGGCGUCACAACUGAAACAACGUUCGCUGAAGGCAUCACAACCGAAACAACGUCCGAUGAAGCUGUCACAACCGAAAUAACGUCCGCUGAAGUUGUCACAACCGAAACAACGUCCGCUGGUUCUGUCACAGCUGAAACAAAGUCUGCUGAAGGUGUCACAACCGAAACAACGUCCACUGCAGCUGUCACAACCGAAACAACGGCCGUUGAAGCUGUCACAACCGAAACAACCUCCGCUGAAGGCGUCACAACCGAAAGAACGUUCACUGAAGGCGUCACAACCGAAACAACGUCCGAUGAAGCUGUCACAGCUGAAACAACGGCCGUUGAAGCUGUCACAUCUGAAACAACGUCCACUGCAGCUGUCAAAACCGAAACAACGUUUGCUGAAGCUGUCACAACCGAAACAACGUCCAAUGCAGCUGUCACAACCGAAACAACGUCCGCUGGAUCUGUCACAGCUGAAACAACGUCCGAUGAAGCUGUCACAUCUGAAACAACGUCCGAUGCAGCUGUCACAACUGAAACAACGUCCAAUGCAGCUGUCGCAAUCAAAACAACGUCUUCUGCAGCGAUCCCUCUUGAAACAACGUUCACUGAUUCUAGGUCCUCUGAGGUUACGAGUACCGCUGAAUCGGUGACUAGUCAAUCAAUAACAAGCACUAUUUUGUCAACAGUUUUCGAUCCUGCAGCAAGUAAUACUAUUCAGAACAGUACCUUGGACACUGGCAUGCUCCUGACAGACGAGGUUAGUACAAUAUCUCAGCCGACUGGAAACACUGACCCGACAACGACAGACAUCAGUCCUACAGAAGCUACCACCAGUUCAACAGCAUCAGUGACGAUUGCUGGGUCAAAUUCAAUGCAGGCGACAGUAUUCCAUGCACAGACAAGUGACCAGGCUUUGACUCCGUCGAACAAUUCUGUUGAUUAUCAGCCAACGGAUGCUUCUAUUGAGAACAUACCAUCUGUGAUAUCAAACGCACCAAAUACCUCUAUUGCUUCUACUACAUCGACUACAACUGUCCGGGAUCAACAAUCCAAUACAAUGACUGCAACUAUCGGGGAUCAACCGUCUACUUCAAUGACUGCAACUGUCAGUGAUCAACCGUCUACUACAUUGACUGCAACUACUGUCGGGGAUCAACCGUCUACUACAUUGACUACAACUGUCAGUGAUCAACCGUCU